CCCGACGACGCCGUCCACCGCCCGAGCGAUAGCAGCCGGCAAGAGAAACCAGCCAGCAGACACCCUCUCCCGGAGAAGAGACUACACCGAUGAACGCCGGAUACCCCGAGUCCUUUGGCACCUGGUCGCUGUCGCCCCGCAGCGGGUCGGGCUCGAUCUUCUUCGGCCACGGGUCGCCGCUCGUCCCACCGCAGCCGGGCUGUCCCGACCCAGGAUGCAUCUGUCGGUCGGCCGAAGCAAACCCCCAGCCGAGGACCAGCGAGUCGCUCGCCGCCGAGGCCAUCAACGAGGCCAUCGACAACGCAAAAUCCAACGUCGAUCUGAGCGAGCUUGGACUGGUCGACAUCCCAAAGGAAACCGAGUCGCUCGGGCGGCUGGUGUACAUCAGCUCGUCGCAGUACUUUGACAACAAGAUCCAGCUCUAUCUCUCGAAAAACUCGCUGCGGCGUCUCUCCCCAAGCCUGUUUAUGCUCCAGAACCUGUCUGUUCUGUCCCUCCGCGACAACCGGCUGCAGUUCAUUCCUCCGGAAAUCGGGCUUUUGCAGAAUCUGCGUGAGCUCUGUGUCGGCAACAACGAACUGCAAUUUCUCCCCGUCGAGCUCUAUUACAUCAAGAACCUCACACUGCGCCAAGACCCCAACCCCUUCCGUAUCUGCCCCGAGAUCCCACCAGCGUCUCUGUCUGAUGCCAUCAUUCGCCCAUGGCCCUCGGCCACCGCAGGCCCAGCCGCCCAGGCUCCCCAUGUCCCGACUGGACCACCACCGCUCAGCGAGCUGGCUCGCCGCCAACUCAUCCAACUGUUCAACACCAUGUCGCCCAAACAAAAGUCCGACUUGCUCGAUUUUCCUCCAUACCGGCUCCAUCUCGAGUUUCAGCACGGGCAUCUGAGCAAAGACUAUAUCCGCUAUGUGAUGGAAACCCUUCCGCACAUCUACCGCUGCAGCCGAGCCGCCUGUGGACGCACGUUCUUUACAGCCUCGGUCGAAAUGAUUCGCUGGAGCCGCUUUGGGUCACCGACCGAAAGCAAUAGGCGUCUGCCUUUUGUCCAUCGCUACUGCUGCGUUCACUGUGCUCAGAGUUGCUUGAAGAUCGGACCAGUUGCGACUGACUUUGAAGCAGCAAUCGAGGCUGCCUCUGGUCCAGCCGCCCGUCGCUGAGGUUGUUGUUUGAGCGAGCAAGUCGACGAUGAUAAUAAUGAUGAUGAUGAAGGAACCGCCGCACCGCAAUGCCGCCACGCUGCAACACCCCAAUGCCACAACGGAUGCGCUCUCAAGUCUGCCCUGCUUUCGGCGUUUGCGGCACAGAGCGUACUCGUCUCCUGCUGCAACAGGGCCCCCGCCGUGGCCGUCGAAUGGCUCUUGUCGGCCAUGCUGUCGUCGAAUCGCCUGGCAGCGAUGAUACUGCCCAGGGUCGGCGCAGCGGCGUCCAAAGGCGAGGGCGAUGGUGUGCCCAGGACGUAGUUUUGGAUAAUAUAUUUACUCUGCGAACGA